UCUCUACUCUAGUACUAGUACUACUCACUCCUCUCUACUCUUUUUUUCUCUCAAUUAUUUUUUCUUGCUCAAAUCAAUAUCUCCUCACCCCCUACAAGCAAAAAGAAAAAUAAGAAAACCAUUCUGGUUUUUCAUACUGAAGCUCAACAACACUGAGCGUAAUCAUUCUAACAGACUUUUUCAUACUGACAUUAAAAUGUUCACUCCAACUUCUCUUCUGAAUCAUGAAUCUUCAUCUGAUAAACCCAUGAUUCAAUCUUUAGUUUUUUGGUAGGUAGGUCGGUUGGUUGGUUUUUACAGGAAUGGAUUUUGGGGUUGCGGGUUUUGAUGGAAUGAUGGGUAGUUCUGAAAUAAAUGGGUUUCCUUCUCUGGGUUCAUCAGAUGUUGAUCAAACUAGACAGAAAGGAUAUGGAUCUGGUUUUAAUAAGCAAGAAAGAUCUGGGUCAGCUGAAGAUAAUUGGAGAAGCUUGAAAAUGUCAAGAGCUGAUGAUUUCUGUAAUACUGGUUCAAAAACAAUGCUGUUUCAACACAGGAAUAAUAGUUCAUCACUAAGAUCUAAUUCAUUAUUCUCUGAUAAUGGUCAGGCACAAACACAGAUGUUGAGCUUUUCUUCUCCUAAAUCUGAUCCCUUUUUACUUAAUAAUAAUAAUGAUGGUGGUUUAAUGGAGAGAAGUUUGCAAAACUCAACAUUGCCUUACUCUUAUCAUCACACUUCAUCUACUAUCCCUAGAACUACAGGGAGCUUCAGUUCAGGCAUGCAUGGAGUUUUAUCUGGAGUUAGGGGACCAUUUACUCCAAAUCAGUGGAUGGAGUUAGAACAUCAAGCUCUGAUCUAUAAGUACAUUAAUGCAAAUGUACCAAUACCUUCUAAUCUCCUCAUUCCCAUUAGAAAAGCACAAAAUCUAACUGGCUUUCCUGGUUUUGGUGGAUCUAUAAGACCUAAUACUCUGGGAUGGGGGUCUUUCCAUAUGGGUUUCUCUAGCAACACUGACCCUGAACCAGGGAGAUGUCGUCGAACCGACGGGAAGAAAUGGCGGUGCUCAAGGGACGCUGUUGCCGAUCAGAAAUACUGCGAGCGGCACAUGAACAGAGGCCGCCAUCGUUCAAGAAAGCCUGUGGAAGGCCAGAUUACUGGCCAAGCCGGCUCGGGGCCCGCUACCGCGAAGGCGAUACAGAUGGGUUCCUCAUCAGCAUCGGUUGUCGCCAAUAGUGUUGCUUCCAACGGCGUUAGCAUAGCACAGUACCCAAUCAAAAAUUUGCAAGCAAGUGCUCUUGAUGCUUCUGUGAACACCCAAAUCAAUAGGAACUUUCUGAACAAAGAUAUGGGCAGUCGAAUGCAAGAGUCGCAGGGCCUCUCUAUGUUAUCACCCACCAUGAACAUGAGAUCCAAAGAUUCCUUAUUCUCCAUUACCAAACAACACAACCCAUUCGAGGAAUCUUCUCGAUCUGAAUUUGGUUUUGUUCCUACUGAUUCCCUGCUGAAUCCUUCAGAGAGAAGCUCCUACUUCGGUUCUUCUGCUGACCUUAAUGACCCAGAACCCCAAGACCAACAUCCCCUUCGUCAUUUCAUGGAUGAUUGGCCCAAAAAUCGGUCAGAUCGAUCAGCCAUGUCCUGGCCUGAAAUGGAAGAAAUCCAAUCAGAUCGAACCCAACUCUCAAUUUCAAUCCCUGUACCUUCUUCAGACUUCUCAUCGGCCUCAUCUUCACCUACCCAUGACAAACUUGCUCUUUCUCCUCUGCGUUUGUCACGUGAGUUCGAUCCUACUCAGAUGGGUUUAGGAGUAGGUACCAUUAUAAAUGAACCAACUCACAGGCAGGCAAGCUGGAUACCAAUCUCUUGGGAAAAUUCCAUGGGAGGGCCGCUUGGGGAAGUACUAAACAACACAAACAGCAAUGCAGGAGAUAGUAAAAACUCAUCAGGCUUGAAUCUAAUGACUGUAGGUUGGGAUUCCAGCCCUAGGAUGGGAUCAUCUCCAACUGGUGUUCUCCAGAAAACUACAUUUGGAUCACUAUCUAAUAGUAGCACAGCAAGUAGUCCAAGAGCUGACACUAACAAGACCCAUGACAGAAAUAGCUUGUGUGAUGAUCUCCUUGGUUCGGCGUUUGUAAAUUCAUCGUCCAUUCCUUCCAUGUAAGUAAAGUGCGUGAGGAGAAGAUAAGAAGAAACUUCAAGGAUGAACCUAGUUGAGGUAAUUAGUUGAAAAAACUGAGUUUGAUUUUUAGCUUAUUAAUUUCUGUCUUUUUUCUUUCUUUCAUCUCAUCUGUUGUUGUUGUUGGUCAUGGUCCUUGCCAAGCCGGGUUGUCAGGCCUGAUUUUGUAGGACUUGGCAUCUGUCAUUUGGCACUUAAUUAGGGCUGUGCAAAAACUAUCUCUGUUUCUAGGAAAUCAGCUUUGUUUUUUCCUUUAUUUUUCAUGUUUAUUUUAUCUUCCAUCUUAAUGUAACUCAGGAAUAUCAGUGAAUGCUAUAGUUUAGAAAAUCUUUUUCCAUUCA